AUGGCGGCCCCCUGCAUAAGCUAUUUUCUGCUCUGCAUGUUUUUCAUUCUGAUAAUGAUGAGUGGUAAAAUGUUAUGCACAGCAGUGUCUGCAGGGCAAGAUACAAAGCUUCAUGUGGUGUACAUGGGCAGCACUCCAGUACAAGAAAAUGGAGAGUCUCACACAGCACUUGCUUCAUUGCAUCUUGAAAUGCUUCAUUCUGUGCAUGGAAGUCGGGAGGCAGCAGAGGAAUCGUUGAAGUAUAGUUAUGGGAAGAGCUUUGGUGGAUUUGCUGCUAUGCUUUCUCCAUCACAUGCCCAACAGCUCUCAAAUAUGGAUGGUGUUGUCUCGGUGUUUGAGAGCAAGAAGCUGAAAACCUUAACAACUAGGUCAUGGGAUUUUAUUGGCUUUCCUGCAUCUGCUCAGAGCAAUAAUUUGGAUUAUCAGAGUGAUAUCAUCAUUGGUGUCCUGGACUCAGGAAUAUGGCCAGAAUCAGAAAGUUUCAGCGACGCUGGGUUUGGUCCAGUGCCAUCCAAAUGGAGGGGUGGAUGCCAGACAACAUCAGAUUUCCCAGCCUGCAACAAGAAACUUGUGGGGGCAAAGUAUUAUCGUAGUUCACCAAAUUAUCCACCACUUGGGGAUUUUUUAUCUCCAAGAGAUGGAGAUGGGCAUGGAACACACACCUCCUCUACUGCUGCUGGAAAUCAUAUUAAGAAUGCAAGCUUUUAUGAUAUUACCCAAGGAGAUGCACGAGGUGGGGUUCCUGGUGCAAGGAUUGCUAUGUACAAAGUUUGUUGGCUUGAUGAUUGCGAAGAAGCAGACAUUCUUGCAGCAUUUGAUGAUGCCAUCUAUGAUAGUGUGGACAUCAUUUCUGUAUCACUUGGCUCUGAUUUUCCUAUGGAUUACUUUCAAGAUAGCAUUGCUAUUGGAGCAUUUCAUGCAAUGAAGAGGGGAAUAUUGGUAUCAAAUGCAGCUGGAAAUUCUGGACCUUCUAGAGCAUCGAUUUCUAAUUAUUCUCCAUGGUCUAUAACCGUGGCUGCAAGCACCAUUGAUCGCAAAAUGGAUUGUGAACUUCUUUUAGGAAACAACAUGUCUAUAGAAGGAAUUUCUAUAAACACAUACACAAUGGAGCAACCAUGGUAUCCUUUAGUAUAUGGAGGGGAUGUUGCUAAUGUUUCCGGAGGCUUUACCUCUAACGUUUCUAGCGGUUGUGCACUAAAUUCUUUAGAUCAUACCAAAGUCGAAGGAAAGAUUGUUCUUUGCAACUAUGUUGAUGAUCCACCAGAUUAUUCAGUUUUCAUUGCCGGUGGAGUAGGUGUCAUUAUAAUUUCGGAUGACUUUGAUGACACAGCUUUUGUUUCGUUAAACCCUGCAACCACAAUAUCGACUAAACAAGGAAAAUAUGUUUUGUCUUAUAUCAAAUCUACAAGCUCUCCUUUUGCAAAAAUUCAAAAAACUACGACUUCCAAAGCAUUGGCACCUAUUGUGGCUUCCUUCUCAUCUCGUGGUUUCAAUCCAAUUACUUUGGACAUUCUCAAGCCUGACAUUACAGCACCAGGUGUGGAUAUUCUUGCAUCUUGGGCAAGAAAUUCCUCACUUAGUGGGAAUAUAGGAGACACAAGGAUCUCUGACUUCAAUAUAAUAUCUGGAACCUCCAUGUCAUGUCCGCACAUCGCAGGAGUUGCAGGAUUUGUUAAGUCAUAUCAUCAAGAUUGGUCUGCUUCUGCUAUCAAAUCAGCUCUAAUGACUACAGCUUUUGUAAUGGAUCCAACAAAGGUUGGAAAUGAAGAUGCGGAAUUUGGGUAUGGCACUGGGCAAAUAAAUCCAAUGAAGGCCAUUGAUCCAGGGCUUGUGUAUGAUGCAAGAGUGGACGAUUAUGUGAAUUUUCUUUGUAAAGAAGGAUACAAUGAUGCCACUUUACGUUUGGUGACAGGGGAUUUGAGUAGUUGUGACCUGAUACAACCAUCUAAAAAUGGAGCAAGAGAACUAAACUAUCCUUCAAUAAUGCUUUCUAUUAUCCCAGGAUAUCCUUUUAAAGCUGAAAUUCCUAGAACGGUUACAAACGUAGGAGCUAUUGAAAGUACAUACAAGGCUAUUAUAUCUUCACCCUCUGGAACAAAUGUGACAAUCAUCCCAAACACACUAUCAUUUUCACCUCUAAACCAGAAGUUGUCAUACAAUAUCACAAUUGAAGGUGGAUCCAUGCUUGCUGAUGAAUUAGUAUCAGGAGCCUUAACUUGGAGUUAUGGGAAUUACACUGUCAGAAGCCCAAUCACUAUCUAUGCUCUUGCCAAAUGA